AUGCGCAAGCCAUGGACCGUGAUUCAUUUCGAAAAGCGACUCUGGCAGACUCCCGGCCCGUGUCGGUUCUUGGUCUCAAUUCAGGCGGGCUUGCUGCAGGCUGCCCGCGCCACAGAUGCAGGUUCUGUUGCCUCGCCCGAGUCAGCUGGCGAGUGCAAGCCACGCAUUCCCCGCAAGAGGCAGAUUUCGAUAGAGAAGAUAGAGCGCAGAGACGCAGGCGAGCUGGUCUUUAUCAUUGGGGCCCCGCGAACCGUUCGCACCCACGGAAGCGCUGCCGGAUCUGCAACCGCCGCUGCGUUCUGCGAGGCGUCGCCAGUUGGCAAUGCCACUUACUUAGUACUUACAGUAGUGUACUGCGCAGUGCUUAACCGACCUGCACAAAACAGACCCAGCAUUCAGGUUAAACACGCCAAAUCCUGGCCUAGUUCCCCAUCACCACGCGGCCAAGCGGCGAAGCGGUCUACGCCGAGACUCCAAGUGGACCACUCACCGUCUUCAACCGUCAUAUCGGGUGCUGCCAGGCGACUCUACCACUCUCCCCGGUCAUGCUUCUAUGACCGCAUGUUCUUCAUGUUCCAUCGGCUCGGAAUCCAGUCCAAUAUCCUUGUGUCAGCCCGUUAUGCUCCCGCUGGACUGGACGAGGGAAAUCGGCUCUCCCGGACCGCCAUCACCGCCGCCCUUCGGUCCGUCGUUGAGGCCCACUCGGCGCUCCGCAUUGUUGGGGUUGUACAACAGUCACCCAAGGGCGACAGCCACCACCUGCAUAUCGGCAUGUUGCACAGCAUCGACCUUGACCACUGCAUCGAGUUUGUCGACGAUGUCGAUGGCGCCGACGCUGACUUCUUUGAGAAACUGCACAACAAAUGGGAGUGGUUCGAAGAAGAUUCAGGCCGUCCCUGGUGGAGAGUAUAUGUGGUAGGAGGUCGUGAUGUCGUCUUUGUUUUGCAUCAUCUCGUGGCCGACGCCAACUCGGGUAUUGUCUUCCACCGGACCUUGCUUCGAGGGCUCAAUUCGCUCCCGCUUGUAGGGCUGGCAUCGGUCGACCCAAUCGUCACCAUUGACCCGAACACGGCUUCGCUCUUCCCGGAACCCAUGAGUCUCUCUGACCAUAAACCCUCUAUCCCGGAGUUAAUCUGGGGACAAAUCAAGCGUUCCUUGGUCGGCCUCAUAUUUGGGUUCACUCUCCUCUUUAGUAGUUUGCAGCCCGCAAAACCAUACUUCGCGUCAAUUACAGAGGUCGCACCGCCUGAGAUGCGCACUGUCACACGUGUCUCGUCUCUUCGGAUUCCGGCGCGCAAAAUGUCUGCUGUUCUCGCAGCUUGCAGAGCCAACGGGACUACCUUCACUGCCCUCCUCGCGGUGAUGUUGCUGGCGACGUUUUCCGUUGACCUCUUUCCUCAGGAAAGGCUCGGUGGCGUACUUGCUAGCGAUGGAGUCAUGAUGAACGCCGUUGGCGGUAGCUUCCAUACGCACUGGCUCGGGUAUUACCGAAGCAUUGUGACCAAGCACAGUGACAAGAGCGGCAAGUUGGAAUAUGUCCCAUCUGUUAACGCUGAGACGACCUGGAAGCUGGCCCGGUCCUAUCGACGAUCGAUGCUGAAACACAUUCCCAACAAAUUCAUGAGGUCGUGGAUGGCAGGGACGUUGCUGGGGGGCGAUCUCGAGAGCUUCGUAAACAAGGCACUUGAAGGGAUGGGCCGAGUUACCAGCAAGUCGUUCUUCGUUUCAAACCUGGGCGCGUUUACGGUCCAAACGAGUGGGGCGACGGGAGAGGAGCAGAUAGAGCAACCACGGUGGGGAAUCGAGGACGUGCAGUUUUCGGCAGCAACCGUCAACGGCAAUGUAGGCAGUCGGGGUUUCGUAUUCAACGUUGCCGGGGUCAGGGGGGGCGAUACCGUGGUCAAUGUAUCCUAUGAAGAAGGCGUUGUGAGCAGGGGACAGGCAGAGGACUUGCUGGCGUUGACCAUGGACAAGAUUGAGUCCUUGCUGGAGUCUGAACAGAGACGUAUUGCAGGUUUGGCGCCUCCAGACCCCUGGGACUUCGGGGGUGAAAACAUGGUAAUCAGGGAGUCGACGAGCAGGUUUGAGUCAAUAGUGGGGACGAGGGUGAUGCCUUUCCCAUCGCAGCCGUACCUGGUGCCGAGGGUGGAUUUGUGGGUUAUGGCAAGUCGGGACUUGGAUGUUGGAUACCGGCCAGUGCUGGUUGGUAAUGAGGGGGAGAGUCUCAAGACUGGGGAGGAAUGCAAGAGGUCGACUCGGCGUGGGAUGGGGCGGGGAAUGAGCACUUGGCAGUCGGUAUCUCCGGUAGCGUCGGUAAUGAGGUCAAUAGGAUUUCCUUGAUUUUUGGAUGACAGUGAGGCCAAAGCGAGGAGAGUACGAGAGUUUGGAGUGUCGGACUUGGAGGACGGGACGGGACGGGACGGGACGAGGCGGGAUGGCAUGAUAUGAAUGGCUGCAAGCAGGAGAAUAAAAGAGGAGAUGAGGGGACAGACGAUGAAGCCUCGGUUUGUGCGUAGUGGGGAGGGUUGGUUACAUUCCCGCCAACGUCGUACCUCUUUCCCGUCGUCAGCGCCUUGUUCAGUGUACUCCGUGUGCGUCACCCUCGAGUGUCAUGACGGGUGAACGCUGAGAUGACAUGACGACGGCAGGCAAGACACCGU